AUGCGCAAACGUGACGCACCGCGUGUCUCCCUGGCGACGCAGCGGAACCGGAAACACUACAGAGAUGGCAAAACGAAGAAUGAAUUAUGUGAGAAUCAAACAGUCCUUGCAGCUUUUUUAACCCUUACAUUUUAGAUUUUUAAACAUUUUUAGCCCACAUAUCCUCCCUUUUUACAUUUUGGCCUCUUCAGGUAAGACAACCCGCUUUUCUGUGUCCGUUUAAGGCUGUAGAGUUAAGCUGGUUAGCUUGAAUAUUAGCACAAAACACCGCUAGCUUCACUCACAACGGAGAGCGGGCGGGGAGGUGCGCUCGAUUUAAAGACGAGGGCAGCCCCGCGCCACUUGCUGUACGUCAUGUCAGUGGAAUCCCUGCGAAGAAAUCACAAACUCCGCCCAUCCGGGACAACGCGACUAAAGAUUGGAGCUCACAGUCACAACAAAUCCUAAUUUCACUGUUUUUACGAAAAUUACAAGAUAAUAAACUUUUUCCAGGACUUUUUAAGGGUGGAAACGGAGGGAUGAAAAUUUUCUUUUGUGUGUGUGUGAUGGAGUAAAUAAAAGAGGAACAAAGGUUCAGUAAAUAUGGUUUCACUUGAGUUUAUUACGGUGUUUUUUAUGGAUAUUUAUCAUAAUUAUAGUAAAAUGUAAAACAUACAGUCCAAAAUUAUUCAUAUUUUUCGUCUUAAAGUUACUUUUUAUUCAAGCAGCAAGUUUGUGAUGAAGUGUAAAUGACACAGGCGUCUCCCAGAAGAUAAGAAGAUGUUGAACAAGAGGCAAAGGAAUAUUUCAAAGCUUUUAUUCACAUUUGAACUAUGCCACUUUUAGUUAAAAUGUAAAUAAAAGCUCUGAAAUAUUUCUUUGCCUCUUGUUCAUCAUCUGAUUAUAUUCUGGGAGACGCCUGUGUCAUUUCCAGUUAACAACAAACCUGCUGCUUGAAUAAAAAAGUAACUUUAGGUCCAAAUUUGACAGGGGUCUGAAUCAUUUUGGGCUUGACUGUAAGUGUCCAACUUAAUAAAAUCUAGUUAAACAUGAUAAUUUGUUCAACCUCGGUGCAUUGUCUUUAAAGAUACAGUCAGUUUUUAUGUCUUUGUAAUUGUCUACAGGGAAGGAUGAGUGCUGAGGCGGCUGACCGGGUGGCUGCUGUGACCAGCAGUCGGCCGAGUACCCCUCUUCAGACCUCCUGGUUUGAGUUCCUGCUGGACGGUAGUCUGCUGGAGACACACCUGCAGAAGUCAAACCCAGGUCAGUGAUACUUCUGGACAGCAUUUACAUCUGUUAAAACGGUCCCUCCUCAAGUAAAUAAACUAAUGUAGUAGUAAUAGUAAUGAUAAUAGUGAUGUCUCUCUGUCUCCAUAGACCCCACACCGGUUCAGCUGAUCGUCCAGUUCCUGGAACAGGCGUCCAAACCCUCAGUGAACGAGCAGAACCAGGUCCAGCCUCCAGCAGACAACCGCAGGAACCGGACCCUGAAGCUGCUGGCGCUGAAGGUCGCUGCGCACAUGAAGUGGGACCUGGACGCUCUUGAAAAAGGGUAACAGCAUCUCUGCGACAUACGGAGGAACUUUGCCUGAUGUUGUCAGUUUGUUGGUUUUGCAUUUUCACUGUCAGGUCCAUAAAUAUGACGACGUUCAGUUAUUGUUCUUCAUAAAGGAAGAUUCAAUCUUUCAGAUUUUAGUCGAUGAUGACAACUAUUACUCAGGAUUUGGUGCUUAGGCGUCUUAACUCGCGCAGAUUUAAUCGUCUCACCGACUUAAAAAGACGUAUUUUCUCUCUUCUUCGCCAGUUUGACCAUUCCAGUCUUAAAUAUGUUACUGAACGAGCUCCUGUGUGUGAGUAAAGUCCCACCUGGGGUGAAACAUGUGGACCUGGACCUGUCCACUCUGCCUCCGACUACAGCCAUGGCCGUCAUCAUUUAUAACCGCUGGUGAGUAAGAGCCGAUAUUUACUUUGACUUUAAGAGAAUAACCAGUUUAAAUCUGCUGAAAUAAAACCAACAAAAAAACUUCUGAUGGUUUUCUUCUGUUUUUAUCUGAAGGGCCAUCAGAACCAUCGUGCUGAGCAGCUUUCCUGAGAAACAGACCAAACCUGGACCUCACCAGAUGAACAUGUAAACUUUGAUCUGCCCUCUUGAGUCAGAAGUUUCUUUACACGAUGAUUAAACUGAGCUUGUAGACAUUUAAUUGUUCUGCAAAUGUGUUUAAAAAUAUACGUCAACAUUCAGUUAUCUUCCUAAAAGUUCGGCUCUCAGAUACUGAAUUCUUCCUGUGACCUCUACAGGUUAAGUAUCGUGCAGCAGGAAAAAGAGAUGACUGACAACAUCUUAUCAGUGGUGAGUCAAACAAUAAUCUUAUUAUUGUACCAAUUUAAACACUUGUUCAGAUUUAUUUAUAAAGUUUUUGAUGAAAACCUGUUUCUGUGUUUUUGUUUGAACUCCUCUCUGCAGCUGAAAGAGCAGGCGAGCGACUCCAUCAGCGUCCUCGAAGGAGCCGUGCAGCUGAAGAAAGACUUCUACGUUCACACUCUGAGGACUCUGGAUCUUCUGGCCGCUGAUGCCGCCGCUAACGGGGAGACCGAGUCCUCGACUGCAGGACUUCGAAUCAGCGCAGACGAGCUGCACUGUCAGGUAAAAGUCCAUCUAGUACUCUGUUUCCCCUCACGCUGCGUCAGUCGGCACACCUCUACACCCUAUACUUUGUUCUCUGUGUUUCAGGUGCACUACGACCUGGGGGGGAUUUUCUUCCAGCAGGGCUGCACAGACCAGCCGGCCUAUCAGAAAGCCCGGGAUCACUUCAGACAGACGAAGGAGCUGCUGAAGAAGGUCAGUCUCCCUGAUUUAGUUUUCUGCCUCUGAGAGAGUUUCUACAUUUCGUUCUCUCUGAUCUUCUCAGCUGGACUCCACGGUCCACGUUCACCUGGAUGAGAAACGUCUGGCCGGUUACUGGAACGCCUGCAAAGCUUUGACUGAAAACUGCGACCCCGCAGACUCCCAGACCACGCCGUACGACCACAUCAACAGUCUGAUCAGGGCUCAGAAGCACCAGGUCAGAACAGGCGCCACAGUGACGUCAUGUGUGGUAUUUGUUACCGUGUGAAGUCCUGAUACUGAUCCGCUUUGACCCCCUUUGACAGGCUGUAACCGAGUCCUUCAUUAAAGACAACGUGACCCGCAACCUGCCGAUCCACUUCAGACGCUCCGUUCUCAGAGAGUACAUGUACAAAGUCCAGCAGGGGUGAGGCACGGCGUUAAGACGAAGUUAUGAUGUUAUCGCUGAAGUCUUAGUUUAUAUCCUUAAAAACAAACAUUUUUAAGGACUAAAAUGACUUUUUUUAAUGUUUCUCACUUAUAGUUUAAUAGUAGUAAUUAACAAUAUACUCGGUUCACACAGUUUAUGAUAAAUAAAUAAAUCCAAUGACACUCAGUCGUGUCGAACUCUCUGCAGGGAGUCUGGACUGGACGAGGUUUGUCAGAAGUUGUGUGUUUGUAACGCCGUCCGGGACGCGUUGGAAGGAGAAGUCCUCGGCGUGCGUUUCCAGCAGCUCCUCCUGAGACCCAGUAAGAGGAUGGUGGACUUCAUUUUGGAGGUAAUGCCCCACUGAGAGUCAUAAGACGUGUUUGAACUGAUAGUUCCAGCUCUUACCUUAAAUAACGUAAUAUGGGUGCACUAUGAUUCAAUUAAACUGCACAAAAGAGACUCCUGAGAGACGCUGUGUUGACGUUUGAGGAGCAGCGGUUCUCGCUCCUCAUGUGAACCGCGGUUUCCUUCACCUGCAGGUUUGUACGGUGUCACUGGAGAAGGAGCGUCCAUCUGAGACGUCGAGGAGGAACAUGGCGACCUUCAUGAAGUGAGUAAAAGCAAAGCUGGAGCAGAGACUCUGAAACAGCUGAACUGAAUAUUCGAGCCACGCCUCGAUAACUCCGUUGUUUCCUCGCAGGACUCUGUGCGAGAGCGUGGAGGAGCUGCCUCUUCUGUUCGUGGUCUCCUCUCAUAAACUCUUCAUGGAGCUGCUGACGGAGGAGGAGAGGAAGGUGCUGGUGGAGCAGAUGAGGAAGAGAUCCGCCACCAUCAACCUCAGCGCCAAACCUCUGCCUUCGUUCUACGACAUCCCGGGUACAGAGAGUCUCUGAACCUCCACAUUUCUAACAUCUGUUGUCUUAUCAGAACAAACUCAGUUUUCGUGUUUCGUCCUCCUGCAGCUUCAGCGAGCGUGAACGUCGGGCAGCUGGAGCAGCAGCUCAUCCUCUCACUGGAGCCGCGCAGGAUCAGGCAGAUCCUCAUCGAACUGCACGGCAUGGCUGAGCGACCUUUCUGGAGGGUCAACAGUAAGGUACCCGAGACUCUUCAGACUAACAUGACGUGAAGAAGAAGUUUCAUAUUCGGGAUGAAGUGAAAGUUUUGAGUUCAGAAACGAUGAAACUUAAAGAUGACAGUUUGUCGCUGGUUGUGUUCGCAGUGGGAGGUCCCUCCAGACUACAUUAACGUGAUCCUCGGGAUUAAAGACAACCUGACCAAGGACCUGGUCUACAUCCUCAUGGCUAAAGGACUUCACUGCAUCUCCAUAAAGGUCUGUUUGAAGGAUCAGACAUGUUUUCCUUCUUCUGUGAACACGUCAGUCUAAAGACGGCGAUCGCGUCUCUUCUGGUCCCCUCAGGACUUCGCUCACGCCCGCCAGCUCUUCUCCGCCUGUCUGGAGCUGGUCACCGAGUUCUCCCCGAAGCUGAGGCAGGUGAUGCUGAACGAGAUGCUGCUGCUGGAGGUCCGAGCCCACGAGGCGAUGGCGGCCGAGGGGAGCAAAGAGAGGCCGCCUCCAGACCUGGUCAGCAGGGUCAGGGGUUACCUGGAGAUGAGGAUUCACGGUGAGGAGAAGUUUAAACUUAUCGCUCCUGUUAAUAAAGACCUGAAUCACCGACACUUCUCGUUUGUUAUCUCCAGACUUACCUCUGCGUCAGGUGGUCGGGGAGGAGUGCGUCGCCUUCAUGUUAAACUGGAGAGAGAACGACUACCUGACUCUGCAGGUGCCCCCGUCUCUGGUCAUGAACAACCCCUACAUCAAGGUAAACCGGACAGGACCCGAGUCUUCAGACCCUCCGCUGAGUCUGGGCCGGUGAAAAUGGCGCCUCCCUCGAUAAACCCGCCCCCCUCUCUUUCCUCCUGACAGCUCGGUCAGCUCCUGGCUUCCACAUGCAAAGAGCUCCCGGGUCCUAAAGAGUGUCGGCGCACCGCCAAGGAGCUGUGGGACGUGGUGGUUCAGAUCUGCAGCGUGUCCAUCCAGCACAAGAGGAACAACGACGGCAGAGUGGGUCUCAUCAAACACAGAGAGUCCUCCAUGGGGAUCCUGCACAGGUGCGCCGCCAAAACCUGCCAAAACCUGCCAAAACCGUAAAACCCUGUAAAAGAGUCGAACUCAGUCUUUGUGUUUUUCCGUUCCAGGAGUAAAUUCAUCACUUUUGUGAAGAAGCUGCGGGUCGGUAUCCCACCAGACAAACUUUCACAUUUUCAUGAGAUAAAAGUGACGCAGAGUUAACAGACGUGUUUCUCACAGGAGCCGCUGGUGCUGACGACCCUCAUCUCUCUGUUCGUGAGGCUCCACAGUAUAGUGCGGGUAUGUGCCGGGACUUUACAAGGCUGGGAUUAGAGAUUAGGGAUUAGAGCUGCAAAGGGGGGGGGGCUUACAUUUCUAUAAACUUUCCAUGGGAAGUCAAGCUGGAAAUUAUGGAAAUAUUCCAGAUUGGAAACUUUACGUGGGAAUUAUUGGGAAUUAUUGGGAAUUAUUGGGAAUGAACUGUAAAUUGGGGGUAAUUUAAACAAACUGCAUCAUCUCCAAACAUCAAUGUAAAUAUUUCUCCUUCAACAUGAGCUCGAGUGAAAUUCUUCCACACUUUAGAUGGUGAAUGUGACAUUUAUCUGUAGAAGAAAACAACCAAAAAUCUUAUAAAAACACUAAAGCGAUGACAUGAACAGAAAUAUAGUCGGAUAAUUAACUGGAAUGGUCUUUAAAAUAUCUGAUAAUUGAUGUUUAAAUGAUUGAUCACAGAAAACCGUCUGUCAGGAGUCUGAAGAAACAACGUCAUGUUUGAGGAAACUACCACCACCAUAAUGAGCUAGACCCUUUAAUGAUCAAUGAAAUGAAAAAUAACAUUUAGCAGAUAUUUUUAUUUAAAUAUUAACACUAUUAUAGAUCAAAUGUAUUUACCCCAUAAUAUUAUCAGAACUUCCUUGACUCUCUACAGUCGGUGGGUUUAAAGUUUGACCUCCAGGGUUUGAGAAAUCAUCUGUCAAUCAUGUGAUGGAGGCGUGGACUCUCAUUAAAUCUGGUUGUUUUAGUCAAGAUGAUGCUACAAGAUAUUUUCACACUAUAUUUAAGUUCCUGUUGAGGGUCGACCUUCAGUUUUGUAAAUGAUUUAAUCCCGUUAAUCCCGUGGAAAGUUUCCGACCCUCGUUCUGAUCAUCCAGACAGUAAAACUCGCUCUCUGUUCCUCUGCAGGACGAUAUCGUCAACGAAGUGACGGCAGAACAUCUCUCCAUCUGGCCCUCCACUCUCCCAAAGUAAGACCUUCCUCUUUCCUUCAUGAUUCGUUGCAGACGUCUCGAACAAAGACUUGAUUUGAACGAUGAUGAUGAUGAUGACGAUGAUGAUGAUGAUGAUGGUCCUGCAGUAUUCAGGCGGUGGAUGUGGAGGCCGUGGCGGUCACGGUUAAAGAGCUGGUCUCCUACGCUCUCACCCUGAAUCCUAACAACCAGUCGUGGCUCAUCACUCAGGCGGAUAUCUACUUUGGUGAGAAACCAGACGAGUGUCGCCCUCCCUGAGAAGACUCCAGACUUCAGAGAGUAGAUCGGUUUACGGUUGUUCUGUUCGUGUCUCUCUGUGUUUCAGUGACCAAUCAGUACUCUGCCGCCCUGAACCUCUACCUCCAGGCGGGGGCUGUGAGCUCAGACUUCUUCACCAAAACCGUCCCCCCUGACGUCUACACAGACCAGGUAGAUCAUGAGUGCAGAAACAGAGACAGCAGAACAUUGUGGGGGUGUUGUGUUGGUUUUGACUGCGGCUCCGGUUGAUUUCAGGUUCUGAAGAGGAUGAUCAAGUGUUGCUCCAUGAUGAACUGCCACACACAGGUCAGAGGUCAAACGGCUCUUUUCUGUACCUCCUUGUAUCAUCAGAGAGUAAAACUGAGGGUUUGUUUUUGUCAGGUCGCUGUUCUGUGUCAGUUUCUGCGGGAGGUGGACUACAUGACGGCGUUCAAAGCUCUUCAAGAACUGAACAGGUGCGACGCUGAAACACGUCAGCGACCUUUACGGUGACCUUUACAGUGACCUUCUGGGAAAACCUCCAACUUCAUCUCCUCUUUUUCUUUCACUCACAGUCACGAUGCCAUGGACUCGCUCUACGACUACAUCUGGGACGUGACCAUCCUGGAGUACCUCACACGUAUCCUCGUCUUUUUGAAUGAAAACCCAUCCUGUCCGCUCUGAACUUUUUCACUCUCUGAACUGGAUGAAAAGCUGCUGUUUUCAUGUUUGUUUUUCUCCUUGACUCUAAAAUCAGAUAUUCACCACAAACGAGGAGAGACGGAGAAGAGACAAAUCGCAGUGAGCAAAUUCAACCUCCAAACAGUCGAUUUUCAGAUGUUUUUGUCCUGAUCUCAACAAAAAAAAAACAUAUUUCACCUGAUUUGGUUUUAUUGUGAAAGGACAGAACUUGUUUGGUUCUCAGUUGCUGAUUGGCUGCUUUAAACACUUGAAAAUAGUUUGAUAUAACUCGACACACAGACCUCAGUUUGACUUUGAGCUCAGUCAGAAUAAUAAAGAUUUAUAAAGACUAGAUCUACCCUCCUCUCCCCCUGCAUAGAUGUCUCCCUCGGCGCCCUGACUCGUCUCUCUUUCUUCAGAUUAAAGCGAUCGGACAGUCGGAGCUGAACACCAGUAACCCCGAGGAGGUGCUGCAGCUGGCGGCUCAGAAACGGAAGAAGAGAUUCCUGCAGGCGAUGGCCAAACUCUAUUUCUAG